AUAUCAGCAUGGGAAAACGGUAUUUAACGUCUGGUCCAGGAGUGGAGUCCUUGACAAGAUGCUAAAAGACAGGCAAGAGACCUGCAAAUCCAAAACUGAUAACGUGACCUGUCCCACCACCUCUUUUACGGACCUGGCAGAAAUCGUGUCCAGGAUCGAGCCCGUGAAAGCCCCCGUGGCAGACGAUGAGUCAGACUACCAGACUGAGUACGAGGAAGAAAUUCUGGACAGCCAGAAGGAUGAUUAUAUCGAUUUCAUAAGCAACCAGGCUGAAGAAGACUCUGACUCGGAUGAAGACAUGCAGAUAAGAAAGCGCAGGAAUGUCCCUGGUGUGGAAAGCCAGGCCAGCAGCACGGGAGAGCCCGGCUAGCGCUCAGUG